GCGGGCGGCAGGGCAGUCAGUCAGAAGGUUGACCGCAGCACGGAGCGAGGUUCCCCGCGGUUCCGGACUGGAAGGCUGCAUCGUAUUUCGUUCUUAAGGGGAAGAGGCUAGCAUGCAGCCGUCACUGGAGUUUGGUCCAUGUGCCGAGAGGGACAUUUUGCACUUUACUUGUCCAUAACCUGAAGGACACAAGCCCUGACUAUUUACGCUCCAAGGUGUCUGAGACCCACGCCUGCGUUCUAAGCACCAUCUGUGACCCUCCGGGCAAUCCGCUCGGGGGCUUUCACCUGCUGUUUAUUUCUAACUUCCAGUGAUUUCAGGACCUGGAUAUUUUCAUGAAUGUCGCCAUUUUAAAUGUCACAAAAAGCCUCCUCUGCCUGUAUUAGGAGGGGGAGAUUCUGGAAUGUUCUGACUUCAACCAAGCCAAGCUCUCUGCUCCUGAAGCUAACCAGCCUCCUAACAACACUUUCCUCUUUUCCCUACAAAGCCCAGCCCGCAGCUGCGCGGUCCGCCCCGCAGGCCGGGCCUCCGGAGGGGCGGCCGGAGCGAGGCCGGCUCCCCGGCUGCAUGGACUCCGGCUCAGACGCGCGCUCCCUGCUGUGGCUGCUGCUGGUGGCCGCCGCCUGCGGCUGGAACUGCUGGCUGCUCCCCGCGCGCCUGGCCUUCCCGUGCCAGACCCCGGGCAGCGCGCGCUACUGGCUGGCGGCGGACGGCGUGUGUGACGUCAUCUACCUGUGUGACGCGCUGCUGGUGCAGCCCCGGCUGCCGGCCACCCGCGGAGGCGACGUCAUAAUGGAUCCCCAUGAGCUAGCGAGGCACUACAGGAGUUCUACAAAAUUUCAGCUGGAUGUUGCCGCAGUGAUGCCAUUGGAUGUGUUCUGCCUCUUCUUUGGCUUUAAUCCAAUAUUUAGAAUAAACAGGAUAUUGAAGUACAGGUCAUUCUUUGAAUUUAAUCAUCGCCUGGAAUCGAUCAUGGACAAAGCGUAUAUCUACAGGGUCGCUCGGACGGCGGGCUGCUUGCUGUUUGCUCUGCACGUGAAUGCCUGCAUCUACUACUGGGCUUCUGACCACCAAGGCAUCGGAACCACCAGAUGGGUGUACAAUGGUGAAGGAAACAUGUAUCUGAGAUGUUAUUACUGGGCAGUCCGAAGUUUGAUUACCAUUGGGGGUCUUCCAGAACCACAAACUUUAUUCGAAAUUGUGUUUCAGCUGCUGAACUUCUUCUUGGGAGUUUUCGUGUUCUCCAGCUUGAUUGGUCAGAUGCGUGACGUCAUCGGGGCCGCCACGGCCGCUCAGAACAACUUCCGGGCCAGCCUGGAUCGCACCGUCACCUACAUGAACUCCUACUCCAUUCCCAGGCCGGUGCAGGCCCGCGUCCGGGCCUGGUACGAGUACACGUGGGACGCUCAGAGGAUGCUGGAUGAGUCGGACCUGCUCGAGGCCCUGCCCGCCGCCAUGCAGUCAGCCCUCGCCGUGGACAUGAACUUCAGCAUUCUCAGCAACAUCGACCUGUUCAAGGGCUGUGACACACAGAUGCUCCAUGACCUGCUGCUCAGGUUGAGAUCCACCAUCUACUUACCUGGUGACUUUGUCUGCAGAAAGGGAGAGGUUGGCAAGGAAAUGUACAUCGUGAAGCAGGGACAGGUCCGGGUCCUCGGAGGCGCAGAUGCUGCUCAAGUUCUGGCCACUCUGAAAGCCGGGACCGUGUUCGGAGAGCUCAGCCUCCUGGCAGCUAUAGGAAGCCGCCGGACUGCCAGCGUGAUGGCCCAAGGCUUCGCCCACCUUCUCGCCCUGGACAGGAAGGCCCUCCGAGAAACCCUGGCGCAUUACCCGGAUUCGGAAAAGCUCCUCUUGGAGAAAGCCAGGGCGCUGCUCCGGGAGACGGCUCCAGCCUCAGCAGCGACCUCUCUGACGCAAGGACUUGCCUCCCUCUUCCCACCAAGACCAGACACCGAGUCUUGCGGACUCUACGUGGAGCAGCAGAGCUGGCCCCGCACGGCUGCUCAGACUGCAGAGAGCGAACCGCGCAGGAAAGCAGCGAGUCCUCGCGGGAGGAGAGGGCAGAGGAUGAGGGUGUGAAGAUGAGGAAGAGCUGCAGAGGGACCACCGGGCAGGUCUGGAUGCGAGCAGACACUGUCCCACAGAGGACAGGUUCCCAUCAGUCAGAAGGGCAGCGUCACCCAGCUGAGCUGCCAGCCUCUCCUGCACCAUCCCCGCGGCUCCGGCGAGGUGAAGAGGAGGUGCUGACCAUGGCAGUCGGGGAAAGGGCUCUGAAUGAGCGUCGGAGAACUUUAGAUGCACCCUCGCUGGUUCCCAAAGACACCGUCCCCAGGAUUGUGGCUUCCACUCUCGAGGGGGAAGACCUCGCCAGGCCCUGAGAAGCCACAGGCCAAUCAGAGCUUCAUUUCUCUAUUAUUUUUUAUUACUAUUAUUAUUAUUAAACUAGUGGCCCGGUGCACAAAAUUCGUACACAUUAAAAUGGAAUU